AUGGGCCGCCACAGUCUCGAAUACCCCAAAGAUGCCACUAACAAGGUCAAGCGCCAUGGCGAGCGAGGCGUCUACGCCCUCGAGCAGAUCCACGGACUCGUCAACGCCUCGCACUUCCUCCACCUAUCCAUGAACGUCCCCGAUUCGCCCUUCCCCGCGACCCUGCCCAUGAUUGGCCAGAUGGGCUCCUUUGACCGUCCGUCCGCCUCCCUCGGCGACCCGCUCGACCUCUACCUGCACGGAUUCGUCUCCGGCCGCAUGUUCCAAAACGCGCGCGACAGCACCGUUCCCGUCUGCGUCUCCGUCGCGCAUCUCGACGGCCUCGUGCUGUCCCUCUCAGCCUUCAACUCGAGCUACAACUACCGCUCCGCUGUGCUGUUUGGCCACGCGUCGCUCGUCACCGACGCCGAGGAGAAGCUGUACGCGCUGGAGCUGAUUACCGACUCGGUGGUGCCCGGGCGCUGGGCGCAGAGCAGGCAGCCCCCGACGAGCGCGGAGCUGCAGAGCACGUCCGUGCUCAGGGUCAAGAUUGCGUCAGGGAGUUUGAAGGCGCGCGACGGUGAGACGGGCGAGGACAAGCACGACAUGGAGAAUGAGCAGGCGAGGGACAGCAUCUGGACGGGCGUGGUGCCGGUGCACCAUGUCUUUGGGGAGGCGGUCCCGUCGUCGUACAACAGGGUCAAGGAGACGCCGGCGUAUAUUACGGACUAUGCAAAGGAGCUGACAAAGGACAACGGCGAGUAUGCAGUUAAUGCCAUCAAGGCGGCAAAGAAAGAAUAA